CCAUUUCGGCACCUCGGCGCGCAGUUGGCGCAUUGGAAAGAAACCAGCGACUGACUGAAAAGCAUUCUCCGGCAGAAUGAAUGGGCUCAGCUAUUCGAAUGCUUCCCGGUCGCUGCUGAGGGCCGCGCGGGGCAUCUCGAGACAGGCUGCGACGUGCUCGAUAACGACGAACGGAGCGAACACUACAGCCUCGCGAUGGAUGUCGUGCUGCUCUUUUCAAGGCUCCGGCAGAAGAGCGCUGAGGCGGACCGAGUGGACAGGCUUGAAGGCAUGCCGACGGCUUGACGGCGGUCACCGAACCUUCUUUGCGCCCAAGACCAUUCGCGACUACGAAGAACUACCGAAAGACUACCGUGACCAGACCGGCCUUGCUUUCGGCGGCAGGGAUCUCUCUGAGGCCGAAGUGGACAGGAUAUUCAGCACAGGUAUCGGUGGCAAAAGGGCAAACCACUUGCUACGGGUUUUACAUGGCAGAAGGGUGGCCGGAACACUGGAGGAUCCUGCAUUUGCGAUACACACGGCGCAGUAUACGGACGAGGAGAUUGCCAGAGCAUUAGCGUACCUACGGAAAACCGUACCUGUGGAGGAGAUUAGGAAUGCAGGCCUCCGAGCAGAGGACGAGCUGGAACAGAUGGAGCAGGAGAUGGAACAGGCGGCUGAGAAGAAGGCCAGGGCGAGCAAGGGAGACGGCAAGGAAGAGGAGGAUGCCGCCGAUGUGUACAAGCCCGAUCCCAUCUACGGCCGCAGCAAAAUUGACGAGAUGCGAGCGCGGAACAAAGCGAGGAACAAGGCCAGAGAGAAGGCACUGGAAGAGGAGCUCAAGGCUAAGGAAGCUGUCGAGGGCGUUUCGGGUCCAUUGGCGAAGCGAGAUGAUCAAGUCCGAGAAAUUACCAACCCUCGUGUGGCGGAAUACUACAAGGCUGCGCAGUCUGAUAUGGAGGCGCCGCCAGAGCUGAAGCCUUGGGAACGGAUUCUGCCUUCUGCUACCGUAGUGGCCUUGGUGCUAGGCUUCAUCGCCGCUGUGGCCAUGGUGUACGAGGAGCCGGCGCCGCGGUACAGACUGUUCCGAGAGGUGUCGACUUCGCAUGCUACGGUGGGUGCCCUGAUUGGAAUCAAUGCCCUGGUGUACUUGGGAUGGAGGAUACCGCCUCUAUGGGCUCUCUUCAACCGAUACAUGAUCUUCGUGGUGGCGACGGUGAGGCCCGUCACGCUGUUCACCGCGGCCUUUUCACACACCAAGCUCAGUCACUUGCUGGUCAACAUGGUGCCGCUUUGGUUCGUCGGAACGUGUUUGCAUGAUGAGAUAGGGCGUGCGGAUUUCCUUGCGCUGUAUCUCGGCUGUGGCUCUAUGGGUUUCCUGGGUAGUUUGGUCACGUACACGCUCAGGGGCUGGUUGACUGUCACAUCCCUUGGUGCGUCAGGUGCAACACUGGGACUAUGCUCGGCCUACUUUUGGGAGCAUCGUUCGGAUGGCUUCAAGAUCUUUGGGCUGCCACAAGACGGCGUCCACGGCAUCGUCUUUCUGGCGCUCAUCACGGCCGUUCAACUGGCUGGCCUGGGAAAGACGGUGAAGCUCAAGGUGGAUAUUGCGUCUCAUAUUGCUGGCAUCAUCGCGGGUAUACUGGGAAUCGAGCUCCUGAAUAGGACGGAGAGGAGGAAGACACCCCUGGGGGAAGACAAGGCCGUGAUAGAUAUCUUGUCUGGGGAGACGGAGAGCCGCGGGGUGGCUGAUGAGAAGAAAUAGACGGCUCUGGAUAUAGAACUUUAUUUAUGUAACAACACUACUUUUUUGC